UUGGGAAUACUUUUUUUUAGGGUGAUUAAUAUAAUCAUAAGUGGAAUUAUGUGGUAUCGCUUAUGAGUCAUGUGAGGAGGCAUCAAGAGUCAUACCUCCAGCAUGUAAAUACAAGUCAAAUGAGAAGAUUUGUUAUUCACUUUGACAAAACUGAAACCACAGAAAGCUCCACAACUUCUCUAACCAAGCCACACACGUAUCAGAGGAGUAUAACCAGGUAGAGACUACAAAGCCUGUAAAAAAAAAAAAAGUUUGGAACAUGGAUAAGAAGAGAGGUUAUUCUGCACCAAAACGUUUCCAAAGAGGUCGGCAUCAUCCUUAUAGGAACCAAGAUCUGUCCCAUACACGUGGGUCCAGACAACAGACCCUCAGCCACACAGUGGACAAUCAGGAAUCAAAGCAUACUAUGGAAUGAGAUUUGGUUCAGCACUGCAGAAAACAUUCAAGUGAAACUCAAAGAGUAAGCAGACAAAGGUGGAACAAGCAGCAGGUACAACCAAUGAACUACCAUGGCAACAGGAAACCGAGCACAGGCAACACUGACCAUAUAAAGAAAGUGGAGAGCAAAUGGGACAAAAUAUGACAUACAGUGAACAGAGCACUGGGCAGUGACACUGAGGACAUGACAUGCUCUUUGUACAGUUAUUUUAAUAAAUAUUAAUUUCAGAUGACUUUUCAAAAUAGGGUCCCAAUUUCCCUGACUUAUACCAUAUAUACUCUUAUCAUAAACAGAAUAAAUAAAAACAAUGGUCAUCUUAAUGCAACCCUCUACAUGAACAUUCAUUAAAAUCAUUAAAAUCACUUUGUCCACUCUACACCAUAUCAUUCUUUCAUUACUGAAAGAAUUUACUGUAUAUUGUGCAAGAGUUGCAGAUCCGGGAAGCAGACAAAAAAAUGGCAAUUAAAUAAACAAGGAACAAAACACUUCUGCCCUCAACUGUAACAAACCACUGACACUGGAGACUCUUUCCAUAAAUACAAUAUAUAUAAGAAAUCAAUGUCUCCUCUUCUAAAUAACAGCACAUUUUUAAAAAUCUGUUUAUUAUUUGCUUUACAUUAUGUGAGGCAUUGCUGCAUUAAUGAACUAUUAUACCGUAUUUUGUUAUAAUCAUAUUUGUUUGAAGAAAUUGUAUGGGAGUGUGUGGUAAAGGUUUUUGGACAGAAAUUGCAACUUCAAGUAAAGAACUUCAUCAGCCUGGUUUGAGAAAAAGAGCACAUAGCCUCCAACUACGCGAGCCAGGGGGAGAAUUUAAUUUGAAGACACACAUUCUGAAGAUAAUUGUUACGGAUCUACAAACACCACGACUUGUUGAAGAAGUUGGAUUCCACCAUUUCAUGAAAGCCCUAAAUCCCAGUACUGAUGCCGCACUAAGUGCCUCUGCGAUCCGACAAGAACUAGUGAAUAUGUAUGAUAUCACAAAGAGGGAGGUGAAGAAUGCAGUAAGCAAUGCCAGAGACCCCGUGCUCUCUGCUGAACUGUGGAUCUCAAGCAAAGAAGAGUCCUAUCUGACAGUAACAUGUCACUUCAUUGAUAAGUGGGAGCUAAAAUCCUACACGCUAGACACGGCUCAGCUUCUCGACAACCACACGGCAGAAAAUGUUCAUCAGCAACUUCAGAGAAUUUCAACAGAAUGGGAGAUCAUGGAGAAAAUUAAGGUGGUGGUUGUCAAUGUUGAUGGAAUGAAAAAGAUUAAGCUCAACUUAACCUGGAGGUACAUACCUUGCUUCAGCCACACCCUCAACAAAGUCAUUCGAGAAGUCAUACAAAGCACCGAUUGGAGAUAUCUGCUGCGGAAGUGCCGCCAAAUUGUUCAGUUUUUCCACCAGGAAAAUGGAGCUUCAAGGGGUUACCAGUUGGUCCAGUCUUCUUGUGUUGACUGGCUUCCGACACUAGACAUGGUGAAAAAGAUCUGUGAACAGUGGCCAAGAUUUUCCAAAGACUCCAAAUACAUGCAUGCAGAUCAUCUUUGGCUCAAUGAAAAUGAAAGGAAGCUGCUGGAGAAUAUGAAAAAGGCGCUCACAGUUGUCAAAGACGUCACAGAGGCGAUUGGGACACGCGGAUAUGUUUCAGUUUCCAACAUCAUACCUCUGCUUGAAAAGCUUCAGUCGAGUCUACAAAGUCUAAUAAAACAAGAAAACAAGGUAGCCUUGAAGCUCAGUGAGAAAUGUCAAUAUCACUUUGGAAGCAUCAACCAAAAUAUGUGGUUCACUGUUAGCACAGCACUGGACCCAAGAUUCAAAAGUAGUGUACUGAAGACUAAGCAAGCAGAAAAAGUUAAAGAUAAGAUCAGAGAAGAAAUGUCCAAACUGGGGAGUGAAGCAACAAGUAGCAGUUACAAUAGAAAAGGUUUAGGCGAGAUGGGUUAUGAAGAUUCAUUUCUGCAAUAUGUUAGAGAAAGAGACAUCUCAGAAACUCAGAGACCUCUUCAGUACUGGGCAGCGAAAAACAAGUCUACGGUCUUGGCCAUGGUUGCACACAAAUACCUCAGUGUGAUCUCCACCGCUAUUCCAAUAGAGCAGAUGAAGCAUCAGGACAAAUCACAGAUCAUUUUCAACAGGAGGAAAUGCUUGGAGGUCAAAGAUAUCAACAUGAUGCUGUUUCUGAAUGGCAAUCACCAAAAUUUAACAUUUUAAAAGAUUUCUUAACUGUGCGGCAUCAUGGAAGAAUCCUUUAGAUGAUCAGAUUUUGACAUUUUUCUACUACACUAUAUAUUGUACAGAAAACUACAGACCUUCUCAAAAAUCUUCCUCUUUUGCAUGAAUCUUGGCCACAAGUAAAGUUCAAACUUUCUGCGCUCUAACUUUGUUUACCAGCAUCAUCCACAUCUCAUCACCUCAGGUAAAAUUCAUUUGCAGCACUUAAACAUGAGCCUCAUUAUCAUCUGCUCAAUCAUCUCCAAUGUUCUCUGUUAGUCUUCAUCUUCAGUAACUAGGUUAUCCUGGUCAGGGUUGCAAAGGAUCCAGAGUCUAUCCUGGGAACAGUCAAGGCAGGAUGGGACUCUGGAUGGGACAAUCAGUCCAUCACAGUGACCAUGUACACAAACAAUUUAAGUAAUGCAAGAAAUAUUUCUGCUGCAUCACUAUGCCCUCUUAAUGUAAAUAUUUAGAGGUGAAUACAAAAAUUAAAAAAGAUAAAUAAAUAAUGACCUUUUUAUAUAUGUAAAAAACUGAAUUGUGUAGAGGGAUAUAAAUGUAACUGUAUAAUGCAAUUACACAUUUUCAUGCUUAAAAAAUAAUAUAUGGAUUAUUAUAUCAUAUAGUGAUAUUUAUUAUGGUCAGGCGUCCACAAACUUUGGACAUAUAGCGUACAUAUAAACAGAUUUACUGUAUCGAAAUCCAGCUUUUAUUCAGCUAUUACUAUUUAAAAACAUUAUUCUAUUGAGAGAUUUCAGUAGGAAAGUUUGAGACAUUUUUGUUUGUUUGUUUGUUUGUUAUUUGUCUAUAAAAAGUAAUCUAGUGACAACACUGUUAUUUAAAAUUAAUAUUUAAACGUACCAAUGUACCAAUAUAUAACACUUCUAUUGUUGUAUCUUGUGUUCCUCCAACUAAAUAAAUAGA